AAAGUACAAAAAGAUCACUGACCUCAAAAUCAAACUAUUUUUUUUCCUUAUAGAUCACGCUUGAUAUCAAGCUUGAGGAAAAUAUUUUGUUUACAAUUUUGCAAAUUUUGCCCUGUAUUAAUGCACCUUGGAAACGUUCACCAUAUGCUGAAUGCUGCACGUGUAGUAAGGCUAUUAAACAGCUAAAUGUACAUGCAGCAACUUGUAGAAAGAGAAAUGCAUGCCAGAAGAACUUGUACAAUAGUUAGGACCAAUGAUUUAGUUAACUGUUCUUCCUGUGUAGCAAAGCACGGCCCGGUUGUGCAUGUGCUUGUAUUGCGAUGGAAACGAAAUCUGCGCACGAGCUGUUGCAAUUUUGCGACGCAUGAAAAAAAAAACCGGAAGAAAAAAAUGGCGCAAAAUUUUGUCGCAGAUGCCUGAGAUUGUAGACUAUUUAAAGGUAGGUAUGAUUUUAUUAUCCUAAGAUAGAAACUAUAUUCCUACAGUAAUGACAAAAAUCUCGCGUGAACAUUUGAGCUAAGAGUAGAGAGGGAACGAACAUAGCCGCGAAAAAAACAAUAACAACGUAAAUGCGAGGCAGUCGAUCAGGAGAUACUAGUAUUCAAAUAACAUUAAAAUGUUGUUUACCUAUGUAAAUCUUUAACUAUUUGAAAAUCCGUGUCAGAUUAAAUUGAAAUCUUAAUUUAUGCAACGUAUAUAAAACGAUGACACUUGUGAACUGUGUUUUACCUUUUAAAGUCCCUCAUUUAUCUGUUUAGCAAAAAACAUGCGUGGUAAAGAUGUAGAUUAAAUACCACUGUAUAUCUCCGUUGUCAAAUUAUCAUUUUACAGAUAUUUUAACACGGAUUUGACAGUUUGACUUGCAGUUUGAAUCAUGAAUGGUACAUACAGGUUAAAUGAAGGUUUUGAGUGGACUAUAGAUUGCGGCCAUGUCGACGCCAAGGAUGUUUCCAAGGAAAAACAACAAGAAAACGUGCCCGAGGCAAAUGGCGUCGUUGAAGUUCCUCAACCGCCGAAUGUUUCGACUGACCAAGAAAUAGAAGACGUUCCCGACACAGCUCUGGUUUAUAACGUCAGUGAUUCACCACCAAUAUAUUUGUCAAUUGUGUUUGGUUUCCAGCAAGCACUACUUUCACUGUCAGGCAACCUGGCUGUAUCUUUGCUGGUAGCGGAAGUUAUUUGUGCCGAAAAUGACGAAGAAAUUAAAGCCAAAUUACUUGGAACUACUUUAUUCAUGAGCGGCGUUACAACCCUGUUAAUGACGUUUGUUGGCGCAAGACUUCCGCUGUUCCAAGGAGCCGCUGGAGACUACGUAAUCCCACUUCUUGUCAUGGUGGCCAUAGAUAAAGACCGCUGUGACUUGGAUCCGGAACUAAUUUCAAGGUCACAAAAGGAGGCUUUGCUGGCAAACACAACGCUGGAUAUGGUCUCAGUGCAAAGACCCAUGGUGAAAAAGAAUAUUCAAACGCUACAGGGAAGUUUGAUCUUGGCUGGAAUGAUCCAUUUUCUGAUUGGAGCCACCGGACUUGUUGGUGUGCUCAUGCGGUUCAUAGGACCCGUUACCAUCGUGCCAGCAAUACUGCUGAUCGGCAUUUAUAUUGUCAGAGCCACCGUCAAUUUUGCUAAAGUCCACUGGGGGAUCUCGUUUAUGACAUGUGCAAUAUCCCUUAUUUUGGCCUUAUAUAUGUCGAAAAUCAAGCUUCCGGUUCCGGUGUGGACAAGACAGAAGGGGUGUCACAUCACUAGAUAUCCAUUUCAUCAAAUGUUUGCAAUCUUAAUUGCCAUAAUGUUUGGCUGGGCGGUGUGUGGGAUAUUGACGGUAACUGGUCGCCUAACAGACGACAAAAAUUCCACCUCGUAUUAUACACGCACUGAUGCCAGAAGUUAUAUUCUCACAACAGCUAAAUGGUUCCAUUUUCCCUACCCAGGGCAGUUUGGACAAAUAGAUUUCACAGUCAGUGUCUUUCUUGGCUUUAUAAUUGCGACAUUCACCUCCAUCCUCGAUUCCAUUGGUGAUUAUUACGCAUGCGCGUCAAUGUGUCGCGUGCCCCCACCUCCGGCACAUGCUGUCAACAGGGGUAUCGCCAUAGAAGGAUUCUGUUCUGCAAUAGCCGGUUUGUUGGGCUGUGGUCAUGCAACCACGACUUAUGGAGGGAAUAUUGGCGCUAUUGGAGUAACUAGGGUUGCAAGUCGACAUGUGUUCUUUGUUUGCGGAGUGAUAUAUGUCAUAUUUGGAGUUAUUGGCAAAAUAUCGGCCGUGUUCAUCUGCAUACCUUACCCUGUCUUAGGUGGCGCCCUCAUUACAAUGUUUGGUAUGUUUACCGGAGUUGUUUUAUCUAAUCUCAAGGCUAUUGACCUAAGUUCGAGUCGGAAUCUUGCUAUAAUUGGUACAGCCAUAUUUGCUGGGCUCAUGGUGCCAUAUUGGAUAGAAACGUUUCCGACAGAACUACAGACAGGUAAUGAAAAAGCUGACGAGGUGCUGAAGAUUCUCCUUGGCAAUCCAAACAUGUUUGGUGGUAUCCUUGCCUGUUUCUUAGAUAAUACAGUCCCAGGAACGAUCAGAGAACGUGGGAUAGCGACCUGGCAAAAUGUAGAUGAUCCCGAGAACGCGGCAACAAAAUAUGUUGAGGGACUGGAGAUUUAUACACCACUGAUGCCUGCAAGACUUAGAAAAUCAAAGAUCUUAAGAUUUAUACCAUUUUUACCAAAUUCUACAACAUGAUAAGAUUUUAUCGCGUUUUAUCGUGUUUUUUUUAUACAAGUUCCGCUUACAAACGUGGGAAGUCACAUUUGUAGCACCAUGUUUACUAAACCAUACAACGUGAGGAGGUCACAAUGUUGCAUUUUUUUGGUUUUUACCAAACCUUACAAAAGUGGGAAGUUACACAUACAUGAUUUUAGUGUUUUUUACUAUGUUUACAAAACCUUACAACGGGACGUGUGGAACGUCAACGUGACGUGUUGAACGUCAUACGUAAAACAUUUUAUCGUUAAAUUACGUAGUAUUUCAGUGUGAGCUGACAAAUGUUCAAUUUAUAGCGUUUUACCAUAUCUUCAAACCCAAAAACGCAAAGAGGUAAAUUGUAUCCCGUUUUAUAGUUAACACUACAACGCGAAGAGGUCAGUUUCAUUGUGUAAUACAAUGUACUGGGUUUAUUAAAUUCUGCCACGUAAUGACAUUAGUUUUUUACGUUUUACAGCUUUCUAAACCCAGCAACGUGAAUCACGUGUCUUGUAUAAUACAAUUUUAUUGGAAGAAGGUCAAUUUUACUACCAUUGCAGUUUUAACCAAACCAAAUGUUGAGUAGGUCAUUUUUUAUAGCGAAUUACCAUACCUUUCAAACUUUUCAACGUAACGUAGUCAACGUGGGGCAGUUGAGUUAAUACGUUUUGCAAUGGUGCCAAAUCAAAACAACGUAAUGAAUGAAAAUGUGUUUCGUUUCAAAUUGUCAGCGUAAAGUGGACAAAAUUUAGUAUCCUACCCUACAACAAAAUACGUCCAGACUAGACUUCACCGCAAAUAUUUCAAACUUUGGAGCGUUUUUUCCAGUCCCAGUACUGCAAAGGCUUCGGUGUUUCAAAUCGUGUUUAUUUCUAAAGGUUGUGACAUACAAAUACAUGUAGUGCUCAUUAUAUCUGUCAAAGCUUGUAUGUAUGAUUAUGUUGAAGUGUCACUUUACAAAUUUGUGCGAGAAGUAGAUGACUAGAUACCAAUAUAAAUUCAAGUCGAAGAACAGC